UUCAGACCCCAUUCGCAAGGAUAACGACGCGCUAGUUCCCCACACAAACAAUCAAUUAAUAACACAAUUAAAACUUUAGCGCGCACCGUUCGCCUGGAACCGCAGUACAAGUAUCCCCACUCAAAACUCGUUUCCUACAGGCAGUGCAAAACCAAAAGUGCAGUCAUUAAUUAAUUUAAUGCAUGUGUACGAUACUCUGGCAGUACAAAAGCGGAUACACGAUAAACUCAUCAGCAAGUAAUUAACACCAGUCACACCAAAAGUACAACAGAGGAAAUCAAAAUGUUCCAAGCCAUCACCAGUAUUCGGUUGUCUAGAGGUGACUAGGCUUAAUCAUCUGACCCCGAGUAGUAAUCCCUUAAAGGAUCGGCAGGAUGCACCAGGUACUUAGCUACGAGACGGCGGUGCGGGCCAACAGCUCUCGCGAAUUUCGCGAAUAUGUCUCAAAGCGCACUUGUGCGUCCCUGGUCCUAACGAUUGCCUUCUUCAUGCUCAUAACAGGAUACUUGCUGGGCAAUUUCGUGGCCGAGCGCAAGUACCACAUACGCCAGAUGACAAAGGGAGUAGUUAAGGAUUCGGAUCGCGAGAGGUCCGUGAAACUGGACAGUGCGGAAUAUGCCAGCCUGCAGGAGCUGCAAACGUAUCAGAAGGCCAAGGCCCAGCUGCUGGUCUCCGCCCAAGUGCUCGACAAGCUGCAGCAGCAGGACGAAAGCGAACGAUACCUGGCCACCUCUCUGAACACGGAGAUCUUCAACAAGUACAUAUCCUGCACACAGGACAUACCGCCCAACACGAACAUAGCGGCCAGCCAGUUCACCGAGCAACUGAUCGACAACACGGUGGCCAGGCAGCGCCACUGCAUGAGGAUCAUCCAGGUGGUCAUCGACAAUCACCUGGCCAACAGCCAGCUCUGAGCUGGAUCCAAGGAUUUAGGGAUGGUUUAGCGGGCCAAAGUUGGAAUUUAUAACUUAUGUAUGUGCUUUUAGGUGUGCUCAAUGUGUGUUCCCCAGCUAACUAGAGAAUAACUUUUGUAAAUCAUAGUGCAAGUAUUAACUUACACAGGUUUUUUAUACAUGUCUGCAUUUAACGCAAGUUAUAAAUAGAUGUUGAAAACAUAAACAAACAGUUUUU